AUGAUGGCCUACUCAUCCAUGGCCCUGGUGGUCUACAUACUCUCCUUUGUCACCGCUCGCCGCUCGCAGGAGUUUGGCAAGCGCCAUCAUACCCUCGCUACUACUUCCUCACAACCGAUCGAGCAUGCCGUUCAGGAUGCAGACCACUUCACUCAUCAGCUUGCCAGGCGUUCUGCCGACCGAGAUGAGCUCUGGGAGCGUGAUCUCUGCGAAGCCGACCCUGGCGCGAAAGUUUGCAAUGUCCUCGACUUUGGUGGCGCACAGGAUGUCGGCAAGGCGAUCACGCAAGCAUACCUGUCCUGCGCCUUGCCGGCCUCGAAAGGCAAGACGAACCCGCUCGAUACGGUCAUCCUGGUGCCCGAAGGUCAUACGUUCAACAUCCAUACGCAUGUCGUCAUCAACGCUGCUUCAUUCGUCACCCUUCAGAUCGACGGCAUCAUCAAUGUGCCCCAUGAAAGAUCACUUGAUGGUACUCUUCUGACGUUCGAGAGGAGCAACAAUAUCGUCAUCACUGGCCAGGGUACUAUCAACGGCAAUGGUGCGGCCUGGAGACCCAAUCGCGCACUCAAUGCAGAUCUCUCGAGACCCCGCCUUAUCAGAUUCUUUCAGACCGACAACUCGCGCAUCACAGGCGCCCUCAAGCUGAACAAUUCGCCUAGCUUCCACGUCGUCAUCGAUGGCUCGCACAACGUCAUCGAGGGUCUGACCAUUGUGGCCGAUCAGGUCGGCACGACAGACGGUGUCGAUCUCGGAGGUUCGUUCAAUGAGGUCCGCAAUGUGUUCGUCAGCAAUGGUGACGAAUGCGUCACGGUACACAGCGGGACUGAUAUGUUGAUCUCAAACAUCACUUGCAGCCCCAGUGGCGGGACCAACCUGGGCACAUUCGGUGUGGGUGGGACUGACUCUAUUGCUCGAGUACACUACAAAGGCGUGCGGAUGAUCAAUUCUGGCACGGCCGUCAUGGUCAAAGCUUUCGCUGGCUCGAAAGGCUCGAUGCAGGAUGUCGUUUUCGAAGACUAUCAACUCACCAAUGUCGCCAAAGCAGUCGUCAUCAGCACGCGCCUUGGCGCGCAGGGUUGCGCACACGGCACUGACUAUUCUUGCCUCAAUGAGGGAUUGUUGGCCGUCGACAGCGUCCAGUACCGCAACAUCUCCUUCGUCAACUGGAGCGGCACCCUCGAUGCGACGAUGCGGCCCGAUGUGUCCAUCUACUGUCACACUGGCGCGAGAAGCUGCAGAGACAUCAACUUCAUCAAUUGGAAUGUCAAACGACUGGGCGGGUACGCGGACAAGUACGACUUCGAGGCCAACACGGUCUGCGGAAGUGGUCUCAAAGCCCGUUGGCUAGUCUACAACAGUGGACAGAGUGAUACAGACCCUACAAGACACCUUUCUUGCGCUGACUAG